CGCUGAGACCAGAGUCAGUCAGCAUGGAGCUCUCUGCAUCAUAUCAGCUGUUAUGGAUAAUUUCUGUUAUUCUACUGAGACACACUGAAGGUCUGUCUCCUUCAGCCUCUCUGCUCAUUAGACCCAGCAGAACUCAGCUGUUUGAAUCUGAGUCCGUCUCUCUGAGCUGUGAGGUGCUGGACAACUCUACUGGAUGGAGAAUUAGGUGGAACACAGACAAGGCAGAGGAGUCAGACUGUCCAUUUGGUUGGAGAUCAGAUGCUGGACCCACAUGCAGCACCAGCAGCAUUUCAUCAUGGGAUAAGAGAGUGUACUGGUGUGAGUCGGAAUCUGGACAGCGCAGCAAUGCUGUCAACAUAACAUUUAACUGGAAACCCCGUCCAGUUCUCAAAGUUUCCUCACACAGCUGGCUAGCUGAAGGAGACUCAGUGACUCUGAGCUGUGAGGUUACAGACACCUCCUUAAACUGGACAUUCCUUUGGUACAGAGCAGUUCCCUCCAGAACUGUUCCGCAUGGACAGAACUCACCUGAUGUUCGCUACAGAGGGCACAAGUACUCUGUAGAGCUUCUCUCAGACAGCAGCAGAGGAGCUGGAGGCUCAUACACUCUCAGCCCUGCCGCUCUUCAACACACUGGGCUUUAUGUGUGCAGAGCAGAAGGAGGAGAGCCAACCUAUCAGACAGAGUUCAGUGAUGUGAAGGCUCUCUGGGUCACAGGUCUGUCUCCUCCAGCCUCUCUGGUCAUCAGACCCAACAGAAAUCAGCUGUUUCAAUCUGAGUCCGUCUCUCUGAGCUGUGAGGUGCAGGACAACUCUACUGGAUGGAGAAUUAGGUUUAACACAGACAAGGCAGAGGAAUCAGACUGUCCUCGUGGUUGGAGAUCAGAUGCUGGACCCACAUGCAGCACCAGCAGCCUUUCAUCAUGGGAUAGGGGGGUAUACUGGUGUGAGUCAGACUCUGGAGAACACAGCAACGCUGUCAACAUAACAGUUAACUCAAGACCCCGUCUAGUUCUCAGAUUUUCCUCACACAGCUGGCCAGCUGAAGGAGACUCAGUGACUCUGAGCUGUGAGGUGAGAGACACAACCUUUAACUGGACAUUCCUCUGGUACAGAGCAGUUCCCUCCAGAACUGUUCCUUAUGGACAGAACUCCCCUGAUGUUCGCUACAAAGGGAACAAGUACUCUGUAGAGCUUCUCUCAGACAGCAGCAGAGGAGCUGGAGGCUCCUACACUCUCAGCCCUGCUGCUCUUCAACACACUGGGCUUUAUGUGUGCAGAGCGGAGGGACGAGAGCCGACCUAUCAGACAGAGUUCAGUGAUGUGAAGGCCCUCUGGGUCACAGGUCUGUCUCCUCCAGCCUCUCUGGUUAUCAGACCCAGCAGAACUCAGCUGUUUGAAUCUGAGUCCGUCUCUCUGAGCUGUGAGGUGCAGGACAACUCUACUGGAUGGAGGCUGGAAUGGUCCACGCACAUGGAAAAGAAGUCAGACUGUCCUUAUCGUUGGAGAUCAGAUGUUGGACCCACAUGCAGCACCAGCAGCACUUCAGUAUUGGAUACAGGGGUGUACUGGUGUGAGUCGGAAUCUGGACAACACAGCAACGCUGUCAACAUAACAUUUAACUCAAGACCCCGUCCAGUUCUCGGAGUUUCCCCACACAGCUGGCCAGCUGAAGGAGACUCAGUGACUCUGAGCUGUGAGGUUAGAGACACCUCCUUCAACUGGACGUUCCUCUGGUACAGAGCUGUUUUUUCCAGAAUUGUUCCUUCUGGACAGAACUCACCUGAUGUUCACUACCGAGGGAACAAAUACUCUGUAGAGCUUCUCUCAGAGAGCAGAGGAGCUGGAGGCUCAUACACUCUCAGCCCUGCUGCUCUUCAACACACUGGGCUAUAUGUGUGCAGAGCAGAGGGAGGAGAGCCAACCUAUCAGACAAGGUUCAGUGAUGUGAAGACUCUCUGGGUCACAGGUCUGUAUCCUCCAGCAUCUCUGGUCAUCAGACCCAACAGAACUCAGCUGUUUGAAUCUGAGUCCGUCUCUCUGAGCUGUGAGGUGCAGGACAACUCUACUGGAUGGAGACUGAGAUGGAACACAGACAGAGAGGAGAAGUCAGACUGUCCUCGUGGUUGGAGAUCAGAUGCUGGACCCACAUGCAGCACCAGCAGCAUUUCAGAAUGGGAUAAUGGAGUAUACUGGUGUGAGUCAAAAUCUGAACAACACAGCAACGCUGUCAACAUAACGUUUAACUCGAGACCCCGUCCAGUUCUCAGAGUUUCCCCACACAGCUGGCCAGCUGAAGGAGACUCAGUGACUCUGAGCUGUGAGGUUACAGACACCUCCUUAAACUGGACGUUCCUCUGGUACAGAGCAGUUCCCUCCAGAACUGUUCCUAAUAGAAAGAACUCACCUGAUGUUCACUACAAAGGGAACACUUACUCUGUAGAGCCUGUCUCAGAUAGCAGCAGAGGAGCUGGAGGCUCCUACACUCUCAGCCCUGCUGCUCUUCAACACACUGGGCUUUAUGUGUGCAGAGCAAAGGGAGGAGAGCCAACCUAUCGGACAGAGUUCAGUGAUGUGAAGGCUAUCUGGGUCACAGGUCUGUCUCCUCCAGCCUCUCUGAUCAUCAGACCCAGCAGAACUCAGCUGUUUGAAUCUGAGUCCGUCACUCUGAGCUGUGAGGUGCCGGACGACUCUGCUGGAUGGAGGUUGAGAUGGAACACCGACAAGAAAGAGGAAUCAGACUGUCCUCGUGAUUGGAGAUCAGAUGCUGGACCCACAUGCAGCACCAGCAGUAUUUCAGUGUCGGAUAAGGGAGUUUAUUGGUGUGAGUCAGAAUCUGGACAACACAGCAACGCUGUCAACAUAACAUUUAACUCAAAACCCCAACUAGUUCUCAGAGUUUCCCCACACAGCUGGCCAUCUGAAGGAAACUCAACCACUCUGGGCUGUGAGGUUAGAGACACCUUCUUAAACUGGACGUUCCUCUGGUACAGAGCAGUUCCCUCCAGAUUUGUUCCUAAUGGACAGAACUUACCUGAUGUUCGCUACAAAGGGAACAAGUACUCUGUAGAGCUUCUCUCAGACAGCAGCAGAGGAGCUGGAGGCUCCUACACUCUCAGCCCUGCUGCUCUUCAACACACUGGGCUUUAUGUGUGCAGAGCAGAGGGAGGAGAGCCAACCUAUCAGACAGCGUUCAGUGAUGUGAAGGCUCUCUGGGUCACAGGUUUGUCUCCUCCAGCCUCUCUGGUCAUCAGCCCCAGCAGAACUCGGCUGUUUCAUUCUGAGCCCGUCUCUCUGAGCUGUGAGGUGCAGGACAACUCUACUGGAUGGAGGCUGAGAUGGAACACAGACAGAGAAGAGGAGUCAGACUGUCCUCAUCGUUGGGGAUCAGAUGUUGGACCCACAUGCAGAACCAGCAGCGCUUCACUAUUUGAUGAUGGAGUGUACUGGUGUGAGUCGGAAUCUGGACAACACAGCAACGCUGUCAACAUAACAUUUAACUCGAGACCCCGUUCAGUUCUCAGAGUUUCCCCACACAGCUGGCUAGCUGAAGGAGACUCAGUGACUCUGAGCUGUGAGGUUAGAUACACCUCCUCAGACUGGACAUUCCUCUGGUACAGAGCAGUUCUCUCCAGAACUGCUCCUUAUGGACAGAACUCACCUUAUGUUCGCUACAAAGGGAACACUUACUCUGUAGAGCUUCUCUCAGACAGCAGCAGAGGAGCUGGAGGCUCAUACACUCUCAGCCCUGCUGCUGUUCAACACACUGGGCUUUAUGUGUGCAGAGCAGAGGGAGGAGAGCCAACCUAUCAGACAGAGUUCAGUGAUGUGAAGGCUCUCUGGGUCACAGGUCUGUCUCCUCCAGUCUCUCUGGUCAUCAGCCCCAGCAGAACUCAGCUGUUUGAAUCUGAGUCCGUCUCUCUGAGCUGUGAGGUGCAGGACGACUCUACUGGAUGGAGAAUUAGAUGGAACACAGACAGAGACGAGGAGUCAGACUGUCCCCGUGGUUGGAGAUCAGAUGUUGGACCCACAUGCAGCACCAGCAGCAUUUCAGCAAAUGAUAAGGGAGUGUACUGGUGUGAGUCGGAAUCUGGACAGCGCAGCAAUGCUGUCAACAUAACAUUCAACUCAAAACCCCAACUAGUUCUCAGAGUUUUCCCACACAGCUGGACAGCUGAAGGAGACUCAGUGACUCUGGGCUGUGAGGUUAGAGACACCUCCUUAAACUGGACGUUCCUCUGGUACAGAGCAGUUCCCUCCAGCACUGUUCCUAAUAGACAGCACUCGUCUGAUGUUCGCUACAGAGGGAACACUUACUCUGUAGAGCUUCUCUCAGACAGCAGCAGAGGAGCUGGAGGCUCAUACACUCUCAGCCCUGCUGCUCUUCAACACACUGGGCUUUAUGUGUGCAGAGCAGAGGGAGGAGAGCCAACCUAUCAGACAAAGUUCAGUGAUGUGAAUGCCCUCUGGGUCACAGGUCUGUCUCCUCCAGUCUCUCUGGUCAUCAGACCUAGCAGAACUCAGCUGUUUGAAUCUGAGUCCGUCUCUCUGAGCUGUGAGGUGCAGGACGACUCUACUGGAUGGAGACUGAGAUGGUUCACACGCAGAGAAGAGGAGUCAGGCUGUCCUCGUUAUUGGAGAUCAGAUGUUGGACCCACAUGCAGCAUCAGCAGCACUUCAGCAUCGGAUAAGGGAGUGUACUGGUGUGAGUCAGAAUCUGGACAACACAGCAAUGCUGUCAACAUAACAUUUAACUCGAGACCCCGUCCAGUUCUCAGAGUUUCCCCACACAGCUGGCCAGCUGAAAGAGACUCAGUGACUCUGAGCUGUGAGGUUAGAGACACCUCCUUAAACUGGACGUUCCUCUGGUACAGAGCAGUUCUCUCCAGAACUGUUCCUUAUGGACAGAACUCACCUUAUGUUCACUACAGAGGGAACACUUACUCUGUAGAGCUUCUCUCAGAUAGCAGCAGAGGAGCUGGAGGCUCCUACACUCUCAGCCCUGCUGCUCUUCAACACACUGGGCUUUAUGUGUGCAGAGCAGAGGGAGGAGAGCCAACCUAUCAGACAGAGUUCAGUGAUGUGAAGGCUCUCUGGGUCACAGGUCUGUCUCCUCCAGCCUCUCUGGUCAUCAGACCCAACAGAACUCAGCUGUUUGAAUCUGAGUCCGUCUCUCUGAGCUGUGAGGUUCAGGACAACUCUGCUGGAUGGAGAAUUAGAUGGAACACAGACAGAGACGAGAAGUCAGACUGUCCUCGUGGUUGGAGAUCAGAUGUUGGACCCACAUGCAGCACCAGCAGCACUUCAGUAUCGGAUACAGGAGUGUACUGGUGUGAAUCGGAAUCUGGACAACACAGCAACGCUGUCAACAUAACAUUUAUCUCGAAACCUCAUGCAGUUCUCAGAGUUUCCUCACACAGCUGGCCAGCUGAAGGAGACUCAGUGACUCUGAGCUGUAAGGUUAGACACACCUCCUCAGACUGGACAUUUCUCUGGUACAGAGCAGUUCCCUCCAGAACUGUUCCUUAUGGACAGAACUCACCCGAUGUUCGCUACAAAGGGAACACUUACUCUGUAGAGCUUCUCUCAGAUAGCAGCAGAGGAGCUGGAGGCUCAUACACUCUCAGCCCUGCUGCUCUUCAACACACUGGGCUUUAUGUGUGCAGAGCAGAGGGAGGAGAGCCAACCUAUCAGACAGAGUUCAGUGAUGUGAAGGCCCUCUGGGUCACAGGUCUGUCUCCUCCAGCCUCUCUGGUCAUCAGACCCAGCAGAACUCAGCUGUUUGAAUCUGAAUCCGUCUCUCUGAGCUGUGAGGUGCAGGACAACUCUACUGGAUGGAGGCUGAGAUGGAACACAGACAGAGAAGAGGAAUCAGACUGUCCUCGUGAUUGGAGAUCAGAUGCUGGACCCACAUGCAGCACCAGCAGCAUUUCAGCAAAUGAUAAGGGAGUGUACUGGUGUGAGUCGGAAUCUGGACAACACAGCAAUGCUGUCAACAUAACAUUUAACUCGGGACCCCGUCCAGUUCUCAGAUUUUUGCCACACAGCUCACUAGCUGAAGGAGACUCAGUGACUCUGAGCUGUGAGGUUAGAGACACAACCUUUAACUGGACGCUCCUCUGGUACAGAGCAGUUCCCUCCAGAUUUGUUCCUAAUGGACAAAACUCACCUGAUGUUCGCUACAAUGGGAACACUUACUCUGUAGAGCUUCUCUCAGACAGCAGCAGAGGAGCUGGAGGCUCAUACACUCUCAGCCCUGCCGCUCUUCAACACACUGGGCUUUAUGUGUGCAGAGCAGAGGGAGGAGAGCCAACCUAUCAGACAGUGUUCAGUGAUGUGAAGGCCCUCUGGGUCACAGGUCUGUCUCCUCCAGCCUCUCUGGUCAUCAGACCCAACAGAACUCAGCUGUUUGAAUCUGAGUCCGUCUCUCUGAGCUGUGAGGUGCAGGACAACUCUACUGGAUGGAGGCUGAGAUGGAACACUGACAAGAAAGAGGAAUCAGACUGUCCUCGUGGUUGGAGAUCGGAUGCUGGAACCACAUGCAGCACCAGGAGCGCUUCACUAUGGGAUAGAGGGCGGUACUGGUGUGAGUCGGAAUCUGGACAACACAGCAACGCUGUCAACAUAAUAUUUAACUGGAGUCCCCGUCCAGUUCUCAGAUUUUCCUCACACAGCUGGCCAGCUGAAGGAGACUCAGUGACUCUGAGCUGUAAGGUUACAGACACCUCCUUAAACUGGACAUUCCUGUGGUACAGAGCAGUUCCCUCCAGCACUGUUCCUUAUGGACAGAACUCACAUGAUGUUCGCUACGAAGGGAACACUUACUCUGUAAAGCUUCUCUCAGACAGCAGCAGAGGAGCUGGAGGCUCCUACACUCUCAGCCCUGCUGCUCUUCAACACACUGGGCUUUAUGUGUGCAGAGCAGAGGGAGGAGAGCCAACCUAUCAGACAGAGUUCAGUGAUGUGAAGCCUCUCUGGGUCACAGGUCUGUCUCCUCCAGCUUCUCUGGUCAUCAGCCCCAACAGAACUCAGCUGUUUGCAACUGAGUCCGUCUCUCUGAGGUGUGAGGUGCAGGACAACUCUACUGGAUGGAGAAUUAGAUGGAAGACAGCCAGAGACCAGAAGUCAGACUGUCCUCGUGGUUGGAGAUCAGUUGUUGGACCCACAUGCAGCACCAGCAGCACUUCAGUAUCGGAUAAGGGAGUAUACUGGUGUGAGUCGGAAUCUGGACAACACAGCAACGCUGUGAACAUAACAUUUAACUCGAGACCCAGUCCAGUUCUCAGAUUUUCAUCAAACAGCUGGCCAGCUGAAGGAGACUCAGUGACUCUGAGCUGUAAGGUUACAGACACCUCCUUAAACUGGACGUUCCUCUGGUACAGAGCAGUUCCCUCCAGAACUGUUCCUGAUAGACAGCACUCGCCUGAUGUUCGCUACAAAGGGAACAAAUACUCUGUAGAGCUUCUCUCAGACAGCAGCAGAGGAGCUGAAGGCUCCUACACUCUCAGCCCUGCUGCUCUUCAACACACUGGGCUUUAUGUGUGCAGAGCAGAGGGAGGAGAGCCAACCUAUCGGACAGUGUUCAGUGAUGUGAAGCCUCUCUGGGUCACAGGUCUGUCUCCUCCAGCCUCUCUGAUAAUCAGACCCAGCAGAACUCAGCUGUUUGAAUCUGAGUCCGUCUCUCUGAGCUGUGAGGUGCAGGACAACUCUACUGGAUGGGGAAUUAGAUGGAACACAGACAGAGAACAGGAGUCAGACUGUCCUCGUUAUUGGAGAUCAGUUGGACCCACAUGCAACACCAGCAGCACUUCAGUAUGGGAUAAUGGAGUGUAUUGGUGUGAGUCGGAAUCUGGACAACACAGCAACGCUGUCAACAUAACAUUUAACUCGAGACCCAUUCCAGUUCUCAGAGUUUCCCCACACAGCUGGCCAGCUGUAGGAGACUCAGUGACUCUGAGCUGUAAGGUUAGAUACACCUCUUUAAACUGGACGUUCCUCUGGUACAGAGCAGUUCCCUCCAGAACUGUUCCUUAUGGACAGAACUCACCAGAUGUUCACUACAAAGGGAACACUUACUCUGUAGAGCUUCUCUCAGAUAGCAGCAGAGGAGCUGGAGGCUCCUACACUCUCAGCCCUGCUGCUCUUCAACACACUGGGCUUUAUGUGUGCAGAGCAGAGGGAGGAGAGCCAACCUAUCAGACAGCGUUCAGUGAUGUGAAUGCCCUCUGGGUCACAGGUCUGUCUCCUCCAGCCUCUCUGGUCAUCAGACCCAGGACUCAGCUGUUUAAAUCUGAGUCCGUCUCUCUGAGCUGUGAGGUGCAGGACAACUCUACUGGAUGGAGGCUGAGAUGGAACACAGACAGAAAAGAGAAGUCAGACUGUCCUCGUGGUUGGAGAUCAGAUGCUGGACCCACAUGCAGCACCAGCAGCAUUUCAACACAUGAUAAGGGAGUGUACUGGUGUGAGUCGGAAUCUGGACAACACAGCAAGGCUGUGAAUAUGUCAGUAACCUCUGGCAAUGUGAUUCUGGAGAGCCCUACCCACCCUGUGACUGAAGGAGAUCCUUUGACUCUACGCUGUGUAUAUCAGAGCAGACCCUCAACCACCAGUGCUGAUUUCUAUAAAGACGGCUCACUCCUUCAGAGCCAGACUGCAGGAGAGAUGACCAUCCCUGCAGUCUCAAAGGCACACACGGGCUCCUACCGGUGCAGACACCCAAAACUGGGAGAGUCACCAGAGAGCUGGGUGACAGUCACUGGGAGAGACGGCCCCUAAGUCAUAUUCAUUGAUGGAAUUCCUGUUUAUCUGCUCGCACUGGUUGGCUCUCUACUGACAUCUGAGCUGUCUGGAAUGCAGCAUAAAGUCUUCCAACAUUAUCAAGGACAUGAGCAAGGAUCUAAGCUCAAACAUCAGAGGAUCAGCUUAGUGCCCCCACACCACCUGAUCGCUUUAGUUCAUGCAUGAGACACUUGCUCAUUGGCUGACUUUGCCUGGCAUCUAAACUAGGGCCUGAUGAAUAAAAAUAAAUAUUGUUAGUCUGUAAUGCGCCAUUGUAACCUAGGAAUUUAUGAUCUCUGUCAUUUGUAUUGACUGAAACGUAGGAACUACGCAUGAUUACUGUAGCUGAGUUCUAAACUGCAUAUUAUUUUAAACAAAAGGUAUGUUCAGUGCUACAGUAUAUAAUAAUGCUCUCUAAUGUUUGAAUAAAUAAAACAUUUACACC